UUUUUUUUAUUACAACGCGGCAGGCAAGCAAUAGUCAACGCUAAGGAAUCAAAGGUCUGCGCGUGGGGUUAUGCCGACUACGCGAGUUUCAUUUGGAAUAUCAGCUUUAAAGAAUUUUUAUCAGCGUACAUUUUCUUUCCAACCUAUGCACAUUUUACCUUGAUUUCUAUCUAUUUUUUUUUUUGUUUCGGGUAGUCCCCUUGCUCCAUAAAAAGUUUGGAGGAAUUUCGCAUUUUUAUUGUAAUUAUAAAUAAAGAAAAUAAAAGAAUACUGCAAGUCAUCGAUCGGGAAUGGUGAAGGAGACGGAAUACUACGAUGUUUUAGGGGUCAGCCCUUCUGCUACAGAGGCCGAAAUCAAGAAAGCGUAUUACAUCAAGGCACGGCAGGUUCACCCAGAUAAAAACCCAAAUGAUCCUCUCGCAGCACAAAAUUUUCAGGUGUUGGGAGAGGCUUACCAAGUUUUAAGUGAUCCAGCACAACGACAAGCGUAUGAUGCUUAUGGAAAAUCAGGAAUCUCAACUGAAGCAAUUAUUGAUCCCGCAGCAGUAUUUGCAAUGCUUUUUGGUAGUGAGCUUUUUGAAGAAUAUAUAGGACAGCUUGCUAUGGCAUCAAUGGCGUCACUAGACAUUUUCACAGAAGGGGAGCAGUUUGAUAGUAAAAAGUUGCAGGAGAAAAUGAGGAUUGUUCAAAAGGAAAGAGAGGAAAAGCUUGCAGAAAUAUUGAAAGAUCGACUAAAUCAAUAUGUGCAAGGAAACAAAGAGGAGUUUGUUAAUCAUGCGAAAGCUGAAGUUUCCAGACUUUCUAAUGCAGCUUAUGGUGUUGAUAUGUUGAAUACAAUUGGUUACAUAUAUGUAAGACAAGCAGCAAAAGAACUUGGAAAGAAAGCAAUAUACUUGGGUGUACCAUUCAUUGCUGAGUGGUUUAGAAACAAAGGCCAUUUUAUCAAAUCUCAAGUAACAGCAGUAACAGGUGCACUUGCUUUGCUUCAGCUGCAAGAGGAUAUGAAGAAGCAGCUUAGUGCAGAAGGAAACUACACUGAGGAGGAGCUUGAAGAGUAUAUGCAAUCUCACAAGAAGCUGAUGAUCGAUUCAUUAUGGAAGCUUAACGUAGCCGACAUCGAAGCUACUCUUUCCCAUGUUUGUCAAAUGGUUCUUCAAGAUAACAAUUCCAAGAAGGAAGAGCUUCGAGCACGAGCAAAAGGGUUGAAAACUCUUGGUAAAAUCUUCCAGAGGGCUAAGUCAGCCAAUGGAAGUGAGAGUGAAUCUGUGCUAACUGAUACAGUACAUAGCACAGUACAUACAUUGAAUGGAAGUGAACCAAGCUAUGAUGGCAGUUCUCCUAAUGCAUCCCCGAAGUCCUUAAACCUGGAAGACUCAUCUUGUUCUACAUUCGCAGCACAGAGCCCUUAUGUGGAGGCUCCUAACUUUGCGGAUGCUCAGUUCACGUAUAACUUCCCAAGGCCAACGGCACCACCUGGUGCGCAGAGACAUCCAUGAACUAGCAGACAUUGAGAGGCCCGAUCCCUAUUGGUGUAUGCUUGUAUUAUAUAGCUAUUGUGGGUGCAGCUGGCGGAGGGAUUCCAGUGUCAUAUCAUUGGUUCAAUGCAUGCCUAUGUUUGAGUGAUGAAGAGCCAAUGAAUGCCUAUGUUUGAGUGAUGAAGAGCACAUCGAACCGGAGUGGGCAGGUGUUUAAUGUAUUUAUGACAGAUUAGAUCUUUAUGCAUAGAGAUAAAAUGGUUGUAGAAUUAUGAUUAUUUCUAUUGUAACAGGUUGGCUGCGUUUGGCUGCUUAGUUACUUGAAUGUUUGUUUCUUUGGAAUUGAUUUUGCAUUGCAUUUGUUGUGUUUUCGUUUUAGAAUGUAAAUUAGUGGUUACAUAUACCUUCUUGUGAGAUCUAUUUAUUUGGAAAAAGAGGGGAUUUUGGAAA